AUGGUUCACGAUGCCAUUUUGCACGAUGCCGAGGCAAUUGCAGGAGAAGCAACGUUGGCGGGGCUGCUCAAAGAUCGCUUGCUGCGUGAACUGGAGGUCGCAUCACAGGAGCCGCGCGAGAUCUAUUCUGGCAACAAGCUAUCGCAAAAGGCGCAGCAGUUGGAGGUGGAGUUGGAGCAGCAGCGCAGGGAGGACGUGCAGCGCGUGCAGCAGUCCAUCCGAACAGCGCUGCGCUUGGCCAACGAGGAUGGCGUCCGGGAAUCCAACGAGGACCUGGAGGCAGUAGAUUGGUUGCGGCGCGCCUGUGGCAUCCUGCCGCGGCUAGGUCUUUGCAGUUUGGUCACAGCACUGAUGGCCCAUCACAAGUCAGUCUCGCAUCUCACUUUGAGAGAGGUCCUUCCAACGUCCUUGGGGGAGAAGGAGAUGGCCAAGUUGGAAACACAGAUGGGCAGGAGGCAGCAGGCUUUGGGAGUCUGUCGCUGGGGUGCUGCCUCUUGGAUCAACGAGCAGCAGGGCAUGCUCUACACAGUGCGUGUGGGACAGGUCGCACGAGCACAGCAAUCUUUGGAACAGCUCUUUGAGGAGAAGCGGAAGCCCAAUGGGGAGCUGGCAGCUUCCUUGCAAGCCCGUGCGGCCGGUGGCCCCAAAUGUGUGUCAACUGACUGUGUCAUAGCUGUGUCGACUGCUCAGAGCCGAGACGUCGUCUUUGACCCACGACUCUUGGUCUUCGAGUUCCUCUGCAACAUCAUGCUGCGCAAAUCUCAGGCGCAAUACCCCGAAUCGGAGGUGAAUGAAAUCUGGAUGAUUAGGUAA